AUGAAAUUCAGUACUCUCUUGGUCACUGUAGCUGCUGCUGCUCUCUGCUUGUUUGACGGCUCCACUGCUACCCCUACUGGUUUGACCACUCGUGCCACUAAUGGCAAGGUCAUUGUUGGCUACUUCCCCAACUGGCUCUAUGGUCGUUAUACUCCUUCCAUGAUUGAUUUCACAAAGUAUACUCACGUUUACUAUGCUUUUGCCAUUCAAAAUACUGCUACUACCCCUACUUGGUCUGAUUCCGGUGUCUUUGAUGACUACGUCCAAUACGGUUUCCCUAAGCUCGUCUCUUUGGCUCACGCUGCUGGCACCAAGGUCAUGGUCUCCGUUGGUGGUUGGUCGGGAAGCACCCAAUUCUCUCCCAUGGCAGCUUCUGCUUCCAACCGUGCUGCUUGGAUCAAGUGGAAUGUGGAUUUUGUCUCCAAAUACGGCACUGAUGGUGUUGAUAUUGAUUGGGAAUACCCUACUGCCAAGGGUGCUGGCUGUAAUGCUGUUAGCGAUAACGAUGUUGCCAACCUCAACACCUUGGUCAAGGAACUCCGUACUGCUCUCAACAGCAACUUCCCCAACAACUACAAGGAAAUCACUAUGGCUGUCCACAUCACACCUUGGGGUGGUGAUAACGAUGCUACUGAUGUUUCUUCAUUCGUGCCUUACAUUGAUCGUUUCCAUGUCAUGGCAUUUGAUGUCAAUGGUGCCUGGAACAGUACCAGUGGCCCCAACUCUCCUUUCCAUAACCAACCUGGAUUUGGUUACCCUGUCGGCUGGGCUGAGGGUGUUGAGAAAUGGCACAGUGCUGGUGUCCCUUACAACAAGAUUGCUGGUGGUAUUGCUUUCUAUGGUCGUGCUCAAACCUUGACCGUAACAUCCAACCCCACUACUCAAUACAAUCCUGCUGUCUCUCCUAGCCCCCCUCUUGGUGAUUCUCUCGAUGGCCCAUGGACUAACCCUUACUGUUCCAGCGAUACCUCCAGCGCCUCUGGUGUCUGGAGAUGGACCAACAUGAGAUCCCAAGGUUUGCUUACCUCUCCUACUACUGCUGCUUCUCCCUGGAUCCGUAACUUUGACAACGUUACUCAAACUCCUUGGUUGUAUAACCCUACCAACAAGCAAUUCAUUUCUUAUGAUGAUCCCGUCUCUCUUGGUGUCAAGACCAAUCACGCUCUUAGCAAGGAUCUUGCUGGUCUCUUUGUCUGGUCCAUUGAACAAGAUAAUGGCGAACUUUUGAAUGCCAUUGCUCCCAUGAUUGCUGGUAACCCUAAGCCUACUCCGAUCACCACUGGUACUGUUGCUCCUACCUCUACCGCCACUGCCACUGCUACUAACACUGGUACUGCCACCACCUCUACUACGACUGCUACUCCUACCUCUGGUGCUGGUUGUGGCGGUGUUGCUGCUUGGAACGCUGCCACCGCUUACAAUGGCGGUGCCACUGUCUCUUACAAUGGUAAUGUCUACACUGCUCAAUGGUGGACUCAAGGUGAAACACCUAGCCCCACUGGUCCUGCUUGGGCCACCUGGAAGCUUGUCAAGGCUUGUUAA